GAAAGGGAAGUUUUUUUUUUUCGCAUAGAAACAAACAAACGUACGGCCGGCUGGCUGGCCUGCAAACUUCGAGGAGCGAUGGCGGAGGAAUAUCCCUACCGGCUGAUUGUUGAGGGCAACUGGAGUCAGGCAGCGGGCAAGAUCAUCAAAAACAAACUUCAAAUCUAUUUCCAGAGUAAGAAAAAGUCCAAUGGGGGAGACUGUGACGUGGAGUACGAUGACAAAGCCAGCACCCGCGCCAUCGUGGGCUUUAGGAACCCAGAAAUAAGAAAACAGGUCCUAGAAAAGACCAGCCACGAACUGAGCGUGGAUAAUGAAACAGUAAAGCUGAAAGUCACACUUCCAGAACAAGCUGAGUCUAAAGGGCUACUUCCUAAUGAAGAAAGUGAGAAACUGAAGGAAGUCACUGGUGAAGAAAGUUCAGAGCCACAAUGUGCGUUGGCUCUUGUGGAGAAUAUUCAUGACAAGAUAUCCAAAGAUGUAUUGAUUAUGAUGGUGGAAAACAUCUCUAGUUUAGCUGAAGGUGAAGAUUUCACUGUGGAACUCAUCUCUGAAAUUAAUAAAGCUGUUGUGUCAUUCAGGGAUGGCAGAGGUAUACUACAUUUUUUGGAGAAAUGCAGAACACAUGGAAGAUUUUGCCAAAACAAGCUCACAGCAAAACAUCUGGGACCUACAAAAAGCAUCAUUGUAGAGGACUUGCCAACCAAUAUCAGUGAGGACAUGAUAUGCUUAUACUUUGAGCGACCACAAAUUGGUGGAGGCCAAGUUGAAAAGGUUACCUUGUUAGUUGAGGAACAAUCUGCAAUUGUCGACUUUCUGGAUCAUAAAGUUGCUGAAUCUGUAAAGGAGAAGACCCACGUGAUCCAAAAAACUACUGUAAAGGUGUACCUGUAUUACUACUGCUUGGGCACGGCCUUGUAUGGCAAAGACAGGCCACAGUGGAAGAUGCCAGAUGCAUUUAUUAAGAACAUUGAUGAACAUGUCUUUAAGUUUCUUCAGAGAAAUGCCAGUCAUAUUGAUCUAAUAAGCAAAGAAAUGUCAGAUCAUUUUUGUGGAAUAGACUUCUCAAAUCCAGCAGUGAAUAUCACUCCCUCUACUCUGCUACAGAAUCAUAAACAAGCCAAAGAUGUGAAAAGCUGGGAAAAAGAGGCUUCAGAUGCCUUCUUAAAGAUUAUGUCCCACUACAAAUCCUUUAAAAAUCACGUGGACCAUUCAGCAUGGAAUAUUGCCAAGGAAAAGGUUAUCAAUGUUUUGCCAACGUCUGUGAUGCUAUUGCCUGAGUUAGAUAAGGACAUGGUAAUUCUAGCAGGAGUUGCAGAAAAUGUUGAUCAGAUCCAAGAGAUAAUGGUUAGUGCUAUUGCAGAAGCCACUAGGAUUAUUGAAAGAGAAAAGAACAGUGUGACGGAAAAGGUUGGAAUGACAACACCACAAUAUCACCUUCUUAAAUGUGAUGGCUUUGAAGAGAGAAGCACUAUGCAAUACCCUGACCUAAAACUCAACUUCAUGCCGAAGGAAAAAUGCCUAAACAUUUGUGGUCUAAGCACAGAGGUAUAUGCCACAAAAAGUCAAGUUCUGGAAAAGAUGAUUAUUCUGAAGAAGAAAGCUAUUGAACUUGAUAUGUUUAUUGUGCAAUAUCUGACAAUGGCAGACAACAACCUCUUAUUCCAUAAAAUGUUUACUUCAAAGGGCAUAAAUGCGGCUUAUGAAAUCAGUCAAGGGGUAUUGAACCUUGUCAGCAGUGACGAAGUAGCACUGAGUGCAGCAGAAAGACAAGUAAGGAACACUUUAGGAGUGCGGAACACCAGUGCAGAUGACUACAACGUAACCCAGAAGCAGGAAUGCAUCCAGUUAAUGGAUGGUCUAUGUAGGGAACUGAACUCAGAAAAUGUGACCGUAUCCAUUCAAGUCCAUGAGAAGCAGCUGAUCAUUGCUGGUGAAAACAAGUCAGUGGAGCAGGUGUAUGAGAAGCUGUAUGACUUUAUUAACAGAAAUACACACAUCCAGGAAAAUAUUGCAGUAAAAUCAAGUGCAAUUGUAGAUUUCAUUAAAAUGCGGAAAGCUGAUACGUGGAGGAAGAGUAUAAAUUUACAAGAAGUCAACAUUGAGUUUGAUGUGCGUAUGAGAAGACCCAGCAUUUCCUUGGCUGGACCAAAGUUUUAUGUACUGGAUGCCAAAAAGGUGUUACAGAAUCUUAUACAGAAUAUUUACCUCGAAUGUUUAACAAUUAAAAAAGCAGGUGCAAAAAAGUGCUUCCAAAAGGAGGAGAAGCUGUACUACAGCACUGUACUCCGCGAUUACAAUUGUGUAAUAAUGCUUCAGGAAAAGGAAGCCUUUUUAGAUGAGGAUGACGACAUCACCCAACCACAAGUCGAAGUUUGUUUACCAAGUGGGGUUAUGAUAGCUGUUUGUAAAGCAGAUAUAUGCAGCUUACCUGUUGAUGCAGUAGUCAAUGCAUCUAAUGAAGACCUUCAACAUAUUGGAGGGCUUGCAGGUGCACUUCUUAAAGCUGCAGGACCAGAGCUGCAAACAAUGUGUGACCAGCAUCUCAUGGGAGAGAAACUUAAUCCAGGUGAUGCAGUAAUUACAAAAGCUGGGAAACUUCCUUGCAAAUACGUGAUUCAUGCAGUUGGCCCCAGAUGGAGUAUGUUCAGUAACCCUGAAAAGGCUAUAUUUCUGUUGCAGAAGGCAGUGAAAACAUGUUUAAAUAUUGCAGAGAAUCGCCAUCUAAAAUCAAUUGCAAUACCAGCCAUUAGUUCUGGAAUCUUUGGGUUCCCUUUAGACCUGUGUGCAAAAACAAUUGUAAAAGCUGUUCAGGAACAAUGUGAAAUGCUUGCUGAAGACCGCACUUUAAAAAAGAUUUACCUGGUUAAUAAUGAUGACAAAACUGUAACUGCUAUGAGUACUGCUUUGCAGAACAGAAAUCCAAAAAAGAUUGUUAGAGCAACUCCAAGAGUGUCUAAUAGUGAAAAAAGAGUCUCUGGUAAAGCCCCUGUUGGAGAAAACUUGGAGAGCAUGCAAACUAAAGAAGGAUUGAUGAUCAGCUUAAUAAAAGGAAACAUUGAAGAAGCUGCAACUGACAUCAUUGUGAAUUCAAUUGAUACCGACUUAGAACUAAGUAAGGGAGCUGUUUCACAAGCCAUUUUGAAAGCAGCAGGAUCCAAGCUUCAGACCCUUAUUCAAAAAGAAGCAUCUUCUAACCUAAAAACAGGAGACAUUGUGAAAACUGAAGCAUGUGCAUUGAGUUGCCGCCUGGUUUUUCAUGCUAUAUCACCAUACUGGAAUAAAGGACAAAACAAUUCUGAGGAGAUUUUACAGAAAUUGAUUAAAACAUGCCUCACUGAAGCCGAGAAUGAACAAUGCAGUUCUGUUACACUUCCAGCUAUUGGAACUGGCAAUUUAGGAUUUCCCAGACCUCUAGUAGCAUCAAUCAUGAUUAAAGAAGCGAUACGAUUUAGCCGUAGCGGAAAGUCCAUGCAUCUAAGGGACGUUCAUUUUAUAGUUCAUUCCAGCGACAGCCAGAGUAUUCAGGCAUUUACUACUGAAUUCAAGAAUUCUCAGCAUCUGGUUAAUAAACCUACUGUUAAGCAAUCAGGCACGCCUCCCAAAGGAAAUGCAGGUUUUAUUGGCCAUGUGUUUUUGCCAAACUUGGGUGUGUACCAGAUGACAAUUGGAGCAAUUAAUCUGGAAGUACUGACAGGAGAUAUCACCAAGGAAACCACAGAUGCUAUAGUGAACUCCUCCAAUGAUGACUUUACACUUAAGUCAGGUGUUUCCAAAGCAAUCUUAGACCAGGCUGGGCCAAUGGUUGAGCGCGAGUGCCAAAUGCUGGCUAGACAAAGACAAAAUGGACUGAUAAUAACAAAAUCUGGGAAUCUGAAGUGUACUUGUAUAAUACACUUAGCUGGUCAGAAAGAUGCCUCUGGUAUUAAGGAGAUGGUAAAACAAUCUCUUCAGCAGUGUGAGCAUCUUAAGUUAUCAUCAGUGUCCUUCCCUGCUUUGGGAACUGGACAAGCAGGCAUUGACCCUUCACUGGUAGCUAAUGCAAUGAUUGACUCUAUUGUUGAGUUUGCCAGCAAAUCCAAUGUACAGUUUUUGAAGAAAAUCAGAAUUGUGAUAUUCCAAACUACUAUGGGAGAAGUGUUUUAUGAAAGCAUGAAAGCAAAAGAAGGUACUGCUCUCCCAUCGCAGGAAAGCUGGUUUACAAAAUUAAUAUCACCAUAUUUUCGAGGCACACCCAAAACACAGAAGAAAGAAGAGUUUGUCAUUGUGGGAGAGAUUGAUCCAGCAAUUUUUCACAUUGCUGGUGAUUCAUCAAAUGCUGUGACAAGUGCUAAAACGUGGAUAAGAAAUUUAAUCAUUAAGGAGCAAACUGAAAAAAACAUAAAAGAUGAACUAAUCUAUCAUUUCACUGAAAAGGAACAUGAAAAGCUGAGAAACCUGCAGGAAAAUCUGCAGGUCAGUGUGAAAAUUGAGUGCACCAAGUCAGAAGCACACAUUCAAGUAGAAGGACUUACAAGAGAUGUGCUCACUGUGUAUGGAGAAAUUCAAGAAAUGAUAAGGAGUAUAAGAGAUGCUGAAACCCAGAAGCGUGAGGCUGAGAUGUACAAGAAUGUAGUAGACUGGCAGUAUGAAUCCAAUGGAACAUUUCUCUCAUUUGACAGCAUCUCAAACUGCAAACUAGAGAAAGGCCUUAAUGAAGAUGUACAUGAGGUCCAGGUUGAUAUUAAUCAUAAAAAAUAUUAUGUCAUUUUAGCUGAGAAAAUUGGUAUAAGUGCGGAUAGUGGAAAAGUUAAAGUGAAGAGAGUACAAACAACAACAGGUACUGUUCCAAUACACUGGGAUGACAUGAAGGGAACUUCUAUGCUUCGAGUUGUACUUUUACCACAUUUACAAGAAUACAAGGAUGUGGAAGUCUUAUUUCAGAAGACAUGCAAGAAUCAGAUUCUAAAGAUUGAAAGAAUUCAGAAUAUACAUCUUUGGAAGAGCUAUGAAAUAAGGAAGGAGUCCCUGAAAUUAAAGAACCAAACUAUCAAUCAUGAAAGACAGCUGUUUCAUGGACUGGCUGAGGGAUCUGUUGAUCAUAUUAAUAACCAUGGAUUUAAUCGCAGCUAUGCAGGAAAGAAUGCGGCUGUCUAUGGUAAAGGAACCUACUUUGCAGUUGAUGCGAGCUACUCUGCAAGUAACACAUACUCUGUACCAAAUCUUCAAGGAAAUAAACACAUGUACCUGAGUAGAGUUCUUACUGGAGAGUUUACUUUAGGAAAUGCGUCCUACAUUGUCCCACCUUCCAAAAAUACUGCUAAUCCUACUGAUCUGUAUGACAGUGUGGUAGACAAUGUUCAAAGUCCUAAAGUUUUUGUGAUAUUUAAUGAUGCACAAGCCUAUCCUGAGUAUUUAAUCACUUUCUGUUGAAGAUACCCAUAUACUGUAUAUCUUGUGUCAAGUCAAAUAGAGGAUGGAUCAAGCAAGACCUCGUUGUUCCAGAUCUCACACUUUAAACAUCAAGUCUUGCUUAAUAAAAAAAAAAAAUCAUCAUUAUUGUAAAAUAAAAAAAAAGUUUAUAAUUGACUAACUGCUUAUGUCCAUAAAAUAGAUGAAUACUAUUUUAGUUUAGUUAUUCUUUAAGGUGAUGUUAAAAAGUAAUUUAAACUAAAAUAAUGCAUUUUAAUGUCUUCAGUAGAUUAAAUCAGUUUUCAAUAUAUUCUGUAAAAAAAACUUCAUGCAUGCACUUUAGAAUAUUUUUAAAUAUUUCCAAAUGUUAUUAAUAAAUAAGACAUUAAAGGGAUUAUGUGGCUGGAAAUUAGACAUUAAAUUAUUUGUUUCCCCAGUA